CCUGAAACCACCACAGUUUUGGUCGCUACUAACCACGAAUUCGGUAGUGAGCUGCAUCAUGCUGGAGUUUGUCAUAUGGCUCUUGUACGACUGCGCGGCUGUUUCAAGCUGCUAUGAUAAGCGCGAUCCCCCGGAUCGUUCAUAUUACCGGCUAAUUCCAGGGUCCAACCCAGAAAAACAACCCAUACUUAGAGGAUGCGAUAGAGCUGCAUCCCGUGGUGGAUAAGGCAAUCAGAGAGAUGAAACACCACAUCUGGUUCGAGAAUACAGCCAUGGAGGCCAUUGCCAAUCUCGUCAAAUCCGAUCUGCUCAAUAUUAAGGCAGAGAAACGCCAGGGAACGGAUGACACCUAUAAGACAUUAAAGACGAUACUGGCCAGAGCACAAAAGGACACUUCCGCCUUCAGCAAAGAAGUCGAUCCGACGGUGCUGGUGCCCCCGAUUUUCAGCUCGCAAACCUCGCCUCAAGCAACUCACGAGCAACAUUAAACUUUGACACUAGAGCGGAAUUAUAUUAUGGCUCAGCGUCUAAUGUG